AGUGAUCUUCUUCAUACAUUCUUAAAAAAAUAUCCUUCAGAGGUAGGGUUGCUUUUAUGGUUGGUAUUGCUGGCUGCUUGGUGAUUCUUUGUUCAUUUUUUUUGUUCCGUUGGAGCUCUGUUGGCUAGAAAGGAAUCAGACCCUGAAAUAAGUAGCUGGAAAGAUACAGAAGCAAAAAAGAGAAAAAGAGUGGGGGGAAUUCAGUUGUUUUUUUAGGGUCUUUCUCUACGUCUUAUUUGAGGGUGAAAAGUUCUGUGUUGUAUAGGCACUAAGUGGUAUUACGUUGUUGUUGUCUAGCAAUAAUAAUUAAAGAGAUCCUUUAAAGAACUAAUAUUGAAAGGGAAAAACUAAGGAUUUAAGCUUUUUCAAGUAAGAAAAUUUCCAUGUUAUGAACGGAGAGACCUAAGAUACAGGAAUGGUUUAAUUCCUCAGUUAUUGUCCAAAGGCAGCAUGCCACCUCUAGAAAGCAUUUUUUAAAUACACACAAUGGAAAGCGAGGAACACUGCAGAAAUGACAGGGUGCAGUAUUUCUGUUGUUUGAAACCGGCACUUUACAGUUAAUAAUUAGUUAUAACCUAAAGUUGAUAGAUAGUAGUAGCACCAGAACUAUGUCUAGAGAAGUUUGCUGGAUUUAUGGUCUUUCUGUGUUUUGGGGGAGGUUUGUUGGUUGGGGUUUUGUUGUUGAUUUCCUGUGGUCUUUGUUUGGUGUGUGGUUUGUUUGUUUCUGUUUUGUUAGUAAAUUUGAACGGUUUUAUCUCUGAUUAAUUUUGAGCUUUUCUUUGGAACGUUGUCUUUAAAAAGUGAAAAAUGUGACCUGUUGCAUCUUGACAGAGUAAAAACCACGUAUGUGUUUGCUUCCAAACUAGAUAAUUGACCAUUUUUCUGUGUAAAGCCUACAUGCAUUUGUGAACAAUGUUAUAUUAUAAACCUUAAUCCAUGGUAGAGGAAUUUGAAAGAAAUUUGAGUAGUUUUGUGUUAAAGAAUGAGCUAGAAAGAAUUUAAUGAGUGAAGAAUAAACCCCUUUGAAUGUGUUUGUAAACUGUUCUUUCAGGUAUUCAAAUUAUCAAAGUAAUUCUUGGAAAGAGUCGACCUAUAAAAUAUCUUCUGGAAAGGAAGCGUUGAUACUAAUUCCAUUUUAAACAGAAACCAGGAUUUAUUAAGCACAAGCAUUUUAGUUGCAUUUUAAAAACAAAGCAGUGUCUUUAAUUGUUAAAUUACAUUGGUCUGUACUUUGACAAAAUCAAAUUAUUUGUGUGGACUGACAGGCUUAGCAAAUAAAAAAGUUGCCAAGCAUCAAGGGUUAGAUUUGGAUUAGUUCAGUCAAUGUUUUCUCCCAGUGUUAAUUCGGUAGGACCUACGUUGUUUUGGGGUUUGGGCUCACAAAGGCUGAGCUUGCUCUGUAAAGCGGAGGAAUUGGGAAUGUAAGUGGGACGUACUUUGAAGUUUUGUGGCUUUUUUUCUUUUCAUUUUAUGAGUUACUCCUGAGUAUUGUACUGUAUUUGCCAAUUUCACUUUGCAUUCUAAUGGGUAAUUUCUGUUUCAUGUUAAUAAAAUAACAGAAAUCAAGCCAAUCAGGCAGAACUUGUUUAUCUUUAGAGUUGUGCUUGAUAUUUUGUUCCAUAUAUGCUUGAAAUUGCAAAAGUAAUGUGAAGUAUUAGGGCUUCCCAGUGUUCACAGGACUAAAUUGAUUACAGAUACAGAGUUACUGUAGAAAAUAUCCCAGGGUUUUAUAUUGCUGCUUUGGAAUGGGGUGGAAAAUUUUGUUCUCUUUUUGUUGGUAACUCCUCAUACGUAUGUGCUGCGUGUUCGUUCCCGUGUGGCAAAAACAACUCACUCCUAAAUGUGUUUAACAUUUUACUGCUUUCUUGAUGCCAUUGGAGAUGGCCUUCUAAAACGCUAUUUUUUUUUCUUGUGAUCAACGACUUCAUAAGAAUAAAUUAAGAAAAAUACAGGAUAAAAUCUAAUAAGACAUACUUCUUGUUUAAUGAUACCUUGUAUAUAUGAUUACUUGUAUCACAGGGGAUUAGCCCAGGUUUAUGCUGAGAGCUGCCUCUGGCUCACUGAAUUUUGUUAUUUCAUUUAUUGUUACGGUGCAUUGGUGUUGAUAGUAGAGCCGAAUGUAAAACAUCACCCUUGGGGAAAAAAGUCAUAUGAGAAAAAUAAUGGAGUUUUGGGGUGUGUUGUUGUGGUGGUUUUGGGGUUAUUUUUUUGUGUUUGGUUGGGUUUUUGUUUUAGUCUUUUUUCCCCUCCCUUUUGGAGCCCAAAUCUGAUCGUGUGCAGAACUCCAGUGAAAUUGAAGCAGUUGGUGGCCUGGGGCCCCGGUCCCACCAUCCGAUCCCCUGAACCGCCUGUGUCCCCCGUCUCGUGUGUCAGUCGCUUCGGUGGGACUUUGCUCAGGUGUGAAGCUCAAAUUGCGGGGCCGGGCCCCAAAUUGAAACACGACAGGUGUGGAAGCCGUUGUGUCCCACGUAGGGCCGAGGAAGGGAAAGGAACGGUAUGGCAACAAAAUUACGCGGGGUUGAGAUUAGUUUUACGUUUAAGGCAUUUGCAGCUGCCGACCUUUUUAUUAUAUACUGGGAAAGCGAGUGGUAUUUCUCAAACUUUCAUCUUCUUGGUAUCGCUUGAGUUUUUAAUAACAAAAUACAGAGCGACAGUGAAAAAAAGGCUUUAUUAUGAUUUCCUUCCUUUUGAGAAGGGGUUGCUUUGAGUUCCCAGCAAUAUUAGGAAUGAAUUUCAGCGAAAACUCAACAAAAGCAUCCAGGAAACCACAGGCUGUUUUAAUGGAAUUAUGUAAGUCAGGUGCAGGUAAGGACAGGGUUUUUUUUUUUGUGAUUUGGUUUUGUUUUGGGGUGUUUUGUUUUGCUUUUUUAAUAAUAGAUUUCAACCAGGGAAGGUGUUUACCUUCAGGUCUCCUGAAAAUAAAUUACACCGAGUUUUUAAAAGAUGGUGAUUGAUGUUUAUAUUUGUAGAAAGAUAAAAAUGGAUCUUCUGUUUUCAUUUUUAAAAGUGUGCCCUUUUAACAAACAAAAUAUAGGAAUAGCUUAUAUCUAAUUUAACUUGAGAAUUCUUGACCUGCAGUAUCACUUGCAAAAAUCUUUGGGAGGAGGCGAUUUGCCAUUAAAGUUUGGUUGGGGUUUUGUGUGUGUGUGUUGUGUUUUUUAUUUUGGUGUUUGGUUUUGUUUGUUUGUUGUGGUUUUAUGUAUAUAUAUAUAUAUAUAUAUAUAUAUUUAAUAUUAGUAUUUAUACUGUUAAAUUGAGGUUCUGUGAAUGGUUAAGCAUAUAGCUGUGUUUUGUAGCAGGACUACAGGCGUAUAUAAAACCUAUUUUAUACAUAAAAAAUACUAUAAAGUGCUCUCUUAAUUCUGCCCUGCAUUAUGUUCAUUUAAAAAGGGGGAAAAGGCCAAAGUGGAGCUUUCAAGUGAUUUUUGAAGUUAGAAGUAUUUUAGCUUUGUUUUCUUUACUAACAGCUGUCACUUCUUACGAAGACCUUGGCCUGUUUGCUUUUGGAUCAACUGGAAAGGUCCUUGUUGCAACUACAAUAAUUAUCCAGAAUAUUGGAGGAGCGACCGGAGUUGGCCGGAGUCCCCGCUAUUGUUUCCACCACGUUGUGCUUCUAGGAAGUGAUGGAUGAGGCGCAGAGGGCCCAAGCCGUGGCUCGGCAUGACACAACCCUUCCCCCUCUCCUGCUGGGGCUGUUCUGCCCGCUUCCGAGGUGUUUUCUGCAACAGGGAAGGAAAACGGGAGUUUCUCCUCCUGGAACUGUCCUCCCUGCGGAUGUGACUGCAACAUGUGUCCGAGAGAAAACCGCUAUGUCAUCUUAUCUUUUAAUUGUUAAAUCUGAACUUCCCGGAGCUGUGGCGGGGUUCUUAAAUGGAGACGAGAGCGGAUUUUCCAACAGGUCUUGGUACCUCGAUGGGAGGCUGCUGCUGCUGCUGACUUCAGUCUGCAUUGUUUUUCCUCUCGCGCUUCUUCCUAAAAUUGGCUUUCUUGGCUACACAAGUAGUUUAUCAUUUUUCUUUAUGGUGUACUUUGCUCUUGUGGUUAUGAUAAAAAAGUGGUCGAUCCCGUGUCCUCUACCUCUAAGUAGUGCCAUAGAGACUUUACAGGUUUCAAAUUCUACUGGGGACUGUAAAGCAAAGCUCUUUCAUCUUUCAAAAGAGAGUGUUUAUGCAAUACCAACUAUGGCCUUCUCUUUUCUCUGCCAUACCUCAGUCUUACCCAUCUAUUGUGAGCUCCGAAGUCCAUCCAAACGUAGAAUGCAGUAUGUAACUGUCACAGGAAUUGGUCUGAGUUGCCUAAUAUACUUUAUGUCUGCUCUGUUUGGAUACCUGACAUUUUAUGACAAAGUGGACUCUGAAUUGCUGCAGGGUUACAGCCGGUACCUGCCCCACGAUACCGUCAUGGUCACCGUUAAAGUUGCCGUCCUGUUUGCGGUGCUGCUGACGGUCCCGCUGAUCCAUUUCCCGGCAAGGAAAGCUGUACUGAUGGUGUUUUUCUGUCAUCUCCCUGUGUCGUGGAUUUGCCAUAUCCUUGUCACUCUAACACUGAACACAAUCGUUGUUUUGUUUGCAAUGUAUGUGCCCGACAUUAAGAAUGUUUUUGGAGUAGUUGGUUCGACUACAUCAACAUGUUUGCUUUUCAUAUAUCCUGGACUAUUUUAUCUUAAACUUAGCAGAGAAGACUUUUUAUCACCACAGAAGCUUGGGGCAUGCGCAUUGGUUAUUUUUGGCAUUUGCGUUGGCCUUCUCAGUCUAGUUCUGAUCAUUUUCAAUUGGGUUGAUCAAUAACAGCCUGUUGGCUGAACUGAGCUUCGGAAGGACAGCGAGAACCAGACAUGUCAAAACUACUGAAAUGAAUGCUGGACAUCCUGAAGAAAACACCGACCAAAGCUGUCUAUGGAAGACAUAACGCCCUUUUUCGCUGAUUUGUGAUGUUCCCUCUUCAGUCUUGAGCCACUCUCUUGAGUUAUUGGACAAUUAGCCUUUGCCAUUCUAAAAUAUUAGUUUUUAAUGAUGUGAUCAUGACAGGUAAAAAGGUCUCUUGAGAAUUUCUGCAAUGCAAAAAUGGUUUCGUGCACAUGGUGGUCAAAAGCAGAACCUUGAAAAUAACCUUUAAAGACAAGGAGAUGGGUAGAUAUUAUAUGAAUUACAAUGAACACGUCAUGGUAUGUGUAUUUAGGGUAAUGCACACAUUAUCCUAAACUGUGAAAGACUUCUGUUGCUUGAAUAACUUCCAAAAUUUCAGCUAGUUCAUUCAAAGAACUUCCUGAUUCCAGAUGUUUACCCUAAUUUAUCCUAACAUGGAUCCAGAAACCAACUGCCUUGGCCCAGUUUAAUGGGCAUGUCAUUAUAAUAAUUAAUUGUUUUUUUAAAAUACAGUUUUUUAUACCUCACCGUACUUGAAUCAUACUGAAGUAAUUUUUAAAUUAGAAGGCUUUACCCAUCUAGCAUAAUGGCUUUUAGGAACAUUAAGCAGUAUUUCCAUUUUGCAAUUAAUAAUAGAUAUUUUUCAAUUAAUGUCUACUUUUGAAUAUUAUUUAAUGUACUUCAGUAUUCCUCUCAGUGAAAGACUUUUUUCUUUUCCUCUCUUAUUCGUAUUUUUACAAGUGUUUCAUAUUUGAAAUAGUGUUUCUAUAUUUGUGUGUUUCUAUAUGUUGUGUGUCAGAGAAGGUUUAGGCUUAAAAGGUGAACUUCUGCCUCUGUUGAAAGCAAAAGGAAAUUUCAUGUUUAUGGAACCCUAAUUUUACAUCUGAUCUCUAUAAACUUCCAUGUACUCGUUAUAAUUCUGAUUUUUUGCCUAAAUGAAUGUGAAUGCAAUUUUCAACACCCACUGGGCUCUGUUAAAUAUUGUAUCGAGUGCCCACCAUGAAAGUUCCUCAUAUUAGUAGAAUGAAAGCGGUGGCUGGUAUCAUGGUAAGGGUUUUAAAAUUCGUUUGUAUCAGAUGGGAUCUGAUGUCUUUAAAGCAGCCUGAUCUCUUCAGAGACUUUGCUCCCCAAUGCAGUUAAUCCUCCCCAGAAAUGGCUUCUGUAAAAUUAAGAAAUUAGACCUCAGCCUCAAAUGGCAACAUUUAAAGUUCUGUGUUAUUUCCAGAUGCAAUAUUUCUUUUAAUUCAGCUUAGUACUUUUACAUCCAAGACAUAGAAUAAGACAUAAAUUAAUCAUAGUGAAACAAUACAUCUCUGUAAUAUAAAAGCAGAUAGUAAGUGACAUCUAUUUAAAUUUUUCACUCCCUAAGGUUAGCAAAUUCGUUGGCUCUUGCUGGAAAGUCCUGCUGAGACAGUUCUGUUAAUAUGUUGACUUAUGUUUUAUCAGUUGAGAUAGUGGCAAUACCCCAGAGCCUGGAAUUUCUACCUUCUUAGCAGUGGAUCUGUACUAAUAACCUUUUUAAUCAUGCCACAUUGGAUUUGGAAAAUGCUGAUUGAUGUGCCCACCUUAACAUAACCCUGAUGGAAUGUGCUUGAUCCUCACCUGUCGAAUAGGGGGGAACAAUAAAUGACAGAGUUGGAAUCACCUUCUCUGCUCCUGAGCUGACUGUCGAGGGUUUAGAUUGCGGGGUGACAAUAAAACCCUGGCAGAUGUAUUGUUAACCCCCUCUCCCUCCCCCACUUCCCCCUUUGUCCCCUCCCUCUCCCCCCUUCCCACUCAGCACAGGUGAUCGGGAGGGAAAGGAGGACAGAGAGAAGAGAGUUGGAAAAAUUAACAAUGUUUUACUAAUGCUACUAAUAAGAAUAGAGAAAAUAAUACAAAAUAUACAAAACCAAUCUUGAAAGUCUCAGCAACUGCAGAGCUGGCACCCAAAGUCCUGGACUGGACUCUGCAGCCAACCGGAGCUGGAUUCAGUCUCUCACUAGGCUUCAGUUUGCAGGGACAACUAGCAAGGUCCUCUCCUAAUGUCGGCCAUAAGCAGAAGGGAAAAAGCAAAGGCAAAAGGGAUAAAGGGACGAGAUCCUCGUGAUCUCCCACUUUUAUAUGAAGUAUUCACGUGAAUGGAAUGUUGUACACAGUUGGUCAGUUUCUUGGUCACCAGUUUCUCAUUGCCUCUCUCGCGAGAUGUCCAUCCAUGCUUAUCAAUAAGUUUGCAUUCCAUUGCUAGGUUUACCAAAACAUGUGUCUGGUUCUCCGGGAAAAUGCAGCUAAUAUGAAGCUUUAGCUGACAGGCAAAAUUCACUGAAAGAGAAACUUGUUUUUAACAAAACCAGGGCAGCUGACAAACUGGGAUUUCUUCUGCCAACGGAUCACUUGGUUCUCUCGGGAUCCAUAAGAUACUUUUCGUUUUUGAAAGCUGGCUCGAGGGCACCCAGGUGCUGCAGCUUGGUACCGCUUCAGGAAUCUGUUUUGCCUGGGGAAUAUUCUUCUACUUACAUGAUUUUAAUAUAGAAAUAGGCAUGUGGUGAGGCCUGGGAACUAACUCAGAAGUUUUGGUAGGAUCCCAAAGGAAGGGAUGGCUGGAAAUACUGCAGUUAUUUUUACAAUAAAGUUCCUAGCUGAGGUUUCACAACACAAAGUGAGUGAGCCUCCUAAUAGUUUAUCAGUACCAGAAACAACAUGUCUGCUCUUGGCAAGAAGUUCACAACUGCUUCCGUGGCACUGCCCAGCGUGUCUAACCUGGAGAAAACCACCGUGACUGGUAGAUAUGACACAUUAUCUACAAAAAAAUAACGAACGGAGGGAACUCAGUUGGGGAACAAGGAAAGUGAGGGGUGUGGGGACCUCAACCGCCUUUUUGAGUGGCAGCUGUUAGUACAUUUUUCUCAUAAAACCUCACCCUUGCCCGGCAGUUUUGCCUCAGCAGGUUGAAGUGUGUGUGUGCACACAGAGGAUGUCUCUGUCUUGAGGGGUCUCCGGUCUCCUCUGAUCAGGGGAUUGAUUGGAAUUUCUCGGCAUUGGGUGAGUUUUCAUGGUGCAGGUUCCCCAUCUUGCCAUUGUCCUUGCAUCUGUAGAAUCACAGAAUAGUUUGGGUUGGAAGGGACCUUAGAAGCUCAUCCAGUGCCACCCCUGCCAUGAGCAGGGACAUCUUCACCAGCUCAGGUUGCUCAGAGCCCCGUCCAGCCUGGCCUGGGAUGUCUCCAGGGAUGGUUCAUCCACCACCUCUCUGGGCAACCUGGGCCAGUUCUCCCAGGUUUUUUAGCUCUGGAUAAGCAGAUUUGGGUGCCUUCCCACCUGUGGCUGCCCUCUAAUGGGUGUGUUUCACAGGCUAUAUUCCACUAAAGGGAUUCAGCCACUCAAGAUAUCUCUGGCAGUAGUAUAAAAAGCUAAAUAUUUACCUUAUACAAGUGUACCUUGAGAAAGCACUGACAGCUGUACCUCAGGGAAUGAUUUUCUGUCUGACAGAACUAAAAGUUUUUAGGAAAAGGGGAGACUUUACAUUCAUGUGAACAAGCCGUGGGGUUUUUUUCAGACUAGAAUUUAGGAAGUUGGAAAUUUUAUGGAAAUUGUUUCUCAUUUAUCAUACACUCUUGUAGCGUACUCUAGAGUAAUACUUGUAAUCACUGCAGUCACUUUAUUUUAAACUCUAACCAGCAACACUGAAGACUUAGAUAAUCUGUGAAGGUGCAGAAAGUUGGGCAAGUUUUGCGAAGCUUUUGCUCUUUCUUGCUCCCCCUGAAAAAUCUGAGUCUUGCCAUGCAAUGUCAUGCUCUGUUUGUACACGGGCAGUUGUGUUUGUGUGCAUCAUCUUAAACGAGACUGAGAAAACACCAGAAAUACGGUGUUAAUUUUACAGUUGAUUCCUGUAAUGCUAUGGAAAUCACUGCAUUAUUGGCUGUAAUCCCUGAUAAUUAUCUGACUAGCCUGGCUGUUAACUAACUCUCCUAAUAGGUGGACACUUUGGAAUGAUGAAUCCCAGGGUAUGAAGUUAGUACUCGGUGGGGAUGAAUGGGAGCAAUUCACAGCUCUGCUGGGGCUCUGCUGUUACAUUUUGGCUGCAGUGCGGAGAGGACAACAGCUCAUCUUUCGUCUGAAAAAGAGUUGGAAAUGCUGCUACUUCUAAGUUUCUAUGAUACAUAACUUAAAAUGCAGAGAGAAGGAGAAAGAAAGAGCUUCCACUGCCAGAUUUAGCAAAGCGUGUGAGUGUUUUCCACAAUUCAAAGCAGAGUAAGGAUGCUGCUUUUAUCCUUCGCAUCUCCCACAGGUAGUUUUGUUUCUUGUGUCUGUGAAGGUUUCACUACAAUCGCACACCAGCUUGAAUUCUUUUGACCAAAACAGGCCUCAGGUCUGGAACUCUCUGCACACUCAUGUGUUGAUAAGUGUAUUUUUCUUUAUUCUUGUGUACGUAUUUUUUUUCCUGAGUGACCAGAUUUAUAAAUUUCAGUGGUUCUGCUUUAUUACCUGCAGUUAGUGUUUUCCAGCCUUAUUUUCCGAAGACGUGGCAGGAAUGGAUGAAGGGGCCUGCAGCAUUUCUGAGCUCACUUGGACAGGCUGCCUUUCCCCAACUGAAUGAGAACAGUGUAAGAGAUAAAAAUGAUUUGGUAGCCUUUGGUUUGUUUUCUCUCAUUCUCCUGUUUCCAUUCCUCAUCCAUUUGAAGGCUGCUUGAAUUUCAGAUGGACCGUGGAGAGUGUCUCCUGCAAACAGCACGGCAGGAACGAGUGCCACAAAACCGCUCAUAACCUGCCUUUGUAUUGUGGCAAACGCUUGUGUUUUAUUCCCAUGUUUCUAAGCAGUUUGUGUCUUAAUAUAUUGAUCUUCAUGGCAAUAAGAUUGUUUAAAAAUCUCUUUUUGUGUCCCUGUGAAUUGAGGUGCUUCGAAACUGUCCUCUCCACUCUUUGUCCCUCCUUUCACCUUCCCCUUCAUUUCAGUGUUGGAUUAAUGUCAGUUAGGUGGCACCGAGCAGGAAUGUCCCAAACAGUCCGACUGACGAUGCGGGGGAUGCAGCCGGGGUAGGUGUGAUUUUUGCUCAGUGCCCACCACUGCUAGACAUGGGCAGAGCUUUUUGCUGUGCACAUCUUGUCUUGUAAGAAAGAAACAGAAAAUAAAGAGCCGUACUUCCAUAA